AUGGGCUGGAAAGAAGCUCUCUGGUCGUUUUCUCGCGAUGAGAGGGUGCUUCUGGUCAGCAUUGGCCUCGCAGCUUUUGGCGUGGUCAGCACCAUUACCACGGUUUUGACCAUUAUCCGCGAUGACAACGAGAUCCCUCCAAAAGAGCCUAAAACCCAAUACAUCACUCAGGAGACGGAAGAUUCGCUUCAGCUCGAUACUCUAGAAAAGCUUUUAACGCAUCCGAACUAUUCCAUCAGGGAGGUUGCCACAAAGAUAUUAUGUGAUCGAGCAAUCAACGACCCUGACACCUUGACGUCGUUGCUCUAUGGCAUAACUCGACCAGCAUACGAAGAGCGCAUGCGAUGCCUUCGAGCUCUGGCUUUGCUUACUGGACAGACUAUGGGCCUUGAUGGCUUAGCUCAACUGAACAACGACAAGGCAUACUCUGCAUUAGUACGAUCGCUGGAACUAAGCCUUGGAGACACCGAACUUCCGGACUUAACUAAUAAUCACUGGGACGAAUAUUAUCUGCGUGAUAUGGCGGAAAGAUUUUGUCUUAUGUUCAUUCAUGAGCUGCUUACAAAAUAUGGGACAAAUGCACUCAUCAAAGCCAAAUUCGUGGAAAAGUGGCUAGCAAAACAAAAAUGGGGGGCUGAUCCGGAUGCCCGUCGACGUAACUUCAAGGCAUAUGUGGACCUCAAGGACAAUAGACUUGUGGAAAUCAUUGACCGCAUCAAGCACUCCAAGAGAGGCUUGAAGGCUUUAGAACGGGCAGGUUUAAUCGACAAAGACAACUCGAGGCGGCGGAUACGAGAGCUUCCAGACAUCAUAAUGGAGAUUGAGGAGGAAGUUGUAAGAGAGAGUAGUCCCGGGAAUCGGGUUCGACGACCAAUGCGGGAGACUUCAAUAGAGGAGCAACGACUACGACGCCAACACCGCGAAGCAAUGGUUCUCAAUGAUGGCACAAGGCCGCUAGGAAGAGAAGAUAUCAUAGAGAGGGACCAUGAAUCGCCGACAUAA